AUGUCGAACUUCCAAAACUUUCAUAUAGCACUAAAAUGUGACACUGGAUUGGAUCAACGUGUAUAUAAUGUGCCUACUACUACUGAAAUUGCAGCAAUAUGGGUUGAUGAAAAUGAUGGUUCUGCUAUUCAUACACCACAUCUUCAAAUUUAUACUCACAGUGACAAGACACAAAGAGUGAACUAUUAUUUUGGGUGUUAUGACCCUUUACAGUACCCGUUGUUAUUUCCACAUGGUCAAAGCGGGUGGCACUGUGGUAUUAAAAAGCUUCCCAAACCAGAAAACAUUCCUAGAAGUCGCACUCUUGAAUUUGAACAAUUGCCGAAUAUAAAAAAAUUCACCUCUGUUGAUGGAUAUCUUGAUAUGGAAGCUCAAAAUCUGCAAAAAAGAAAACGCAAAAGAGAUGUUGUUUCAGUUCGUGAAUACUAUUGUUACAAACUUCAGAUGAGGAACAAUGAUGAAGAUGAAAUUUUGCAUACCGGAAGGUUAUUCCAGCAGUAUUCGGUUGAUGAAUAUAUAAAAUUGGAGACACAAAGGUUGGACUUUGUUUCGUUCAAUCAAGAUUUGUUCAGAAUGGGAGGUCCUAGAGAUAUGCGUCAACGUUAUAUGGAUGCUAUUGCAUUGGUGCAACGUUUCAGAAAACCUGAUUUAUUUAUAACUAUGACAUGUAACCUAUCUUGGACAGAAAUAAAAGAACAACUAUGGUCAACUGACGAAGCACAAAAUAGGCCUGAUUUGAUUACUCGAGUGUUCAGAGCUAAAAUAGAAGAGCUGAAGACGGAUAUAUUAAAACGAAAUAUCUUUGGAAAAGUUGUUGCUUUUAUGUAUACUGUGGAGUUUCAGAAACGAGGUUUAUCCCAUGCUCAUAUUCUCAUUAUACUAGGUAAUAAGCACAAACUGUUGACAGCAGAAGCAUACGAUGAUAUAAUUAGAGCAGAAUUACCAGAUGGUAAGGCAGAACCAGAUUUGCGUAAGAUUGUCAUCAAGCAUAUGAUGCACGGUCCUUGCGUUUACAGAAGACGAAAUACAGGGGAAGUUGUAAAAGUAAGAGAACAAUAUUUAGAUAACUCUUGGGUUGUUCCAUAUAAUCCUUAUUUACUUGGGAAAUUCAACUGUCACAUAAAUGUUGAAGUGUGCUCCGACAUCAAAGUCGUGAAAUAUCUCUACAAAUACAUUUGUAAAGGACAUGACAAAAUUGCAUUUUGUGUACAAAAUAACGAUACGGACAUAGAGAUAGAUGAGGUCAAAGAAUAUCGAUCUGCUAGAUGGGUAUCACCUCCGAAAGCUGUAUGGCGUCUCUUUGGUUUUCCUAUAAGCGAAAUGACUCCUAGCGUUUAUCGUCUUCAGCUACAUCUUGAAGGUCAACAAUUUGUUUCCUUUAAGAGCAACGCGGAUAUACAUACAAUUGUGAACAAUCCGAUGAUCCAAAAAACAAUGUUAACUGAAUUCUUCUACAUGAAUAACACCGACGAAGAUGCUAAAGAGCUCAACUUAUUGUACAAAGAAUUCCCUGAAUACUUCGUCUGA